GGUUUAGCAUUUUCUAACAUCGGCAUACUAUCAAAUACCUCUGCAACCUUCCAAACAGUACUACAAAGAGGCGGACCAGUGAUCAUGCUGUUAUGUUGGAAUAUUGCCGCAGGCUUUAUGAUCUGUGUAGCUUUAUCUCUAGCAGAGACAUGCUCUAUGUAUCCAGAAAGCGGCGGUCUUUACUACUGGGUAUUCGAACUUUGUGACAGCGCGUUCGUUACUGGAUGGAGUUAUUAUUUUGGAAAUAUCAUUGCAACAAGUGCCAAUAAUGUGACAGUUGCUCUUUCUAUUGGCUCAAUUUUAAAUCUACUGAUUGGAGUCCACUUGGACAAAGUGCUCAUAAUGAUGAUAGCACUUGUGGUCACCGGCCUUCAUGCCUAUCUGAAUAUACGGAGUCUUCAUUGUUUGAGUAUACUUAAUCAAUGGAACGUGUUCUGGUCUAUUGCUGGCUUGACCAUAAUCAUUGCCGCCUUGUCCAUCUUUGCACCUCAUCAAAAUUCUACGUGGGUCUUUACACAUUAUGAAAAUGGAACUGGCUUCGAUAAUACCUUCUAUGUAUUUGUACUUGCAAUGAUAGGACCUGCUUAUUCCUUAUUCGGUUGCGAGUGUGCUGCAUCAGUCAAUGAAGAGACACAGGAUGCCGAUAUUUCUUCUCCCAUAGCCAUUGUUGGUUCUAUUGCAACUGCAUGGGCUGUUGGUCUUGUGUUCUUGAUAGUCCUCUUAUUUUCUAUCCAGAAUAUGGAUUCCAUCUUGAAUACCUCUUUUGAUAUGCCUGUUGCACAGUUGUUUCAGGACGCAAUUGGAACAUGGGGAACACUAGGCUUUCUCAUGAUGGUUGUUAUUUGUCAAUUCUGUACAGGUGCAACAACCAUGACAGUAGCGUCAAGACAGGUGUAUGCAUUAGCCAGAGAUAAUGCAGCACCCAUGAGUUCAUACCUAAAAUAUAUCAACACUUACAGAUUACCAGAAAAUGCUGUGACACUGACGUUUAUCUUGAUAUGCCUAAUCACGUUACCAUUUCCUCUUUCAGCGCAUUUGUUUGAAACUAUCGUCAGUGCCACUACUAUCACUAUCCAUUUUAGCUAUGCCAUGGUUUUAGGUUGUCGAUUACUAGACAGUGGAAAGAAAAAAGGACGAUUUCAUCUUGGAAAAUGGAGUUAUUUUAUAAACAUUCUGGCUUUUACUUGGACUGCUUUUGCAGUUUGUGCAUUUAUGUUGCCAACAUCUUGGCCAAUCACAUGGGACAAUGCAAAUUAUUCUGGAGUGGCGUUCGCCAUGGUUACCAUUCUAACGGCUCUCUUUUGGUUCACUUGGGGAAGAUGCUAUUACCAUGGUCCGCUAGAAACGAACGAUGAUAUAUAG